AUGUCUCUAAAAUUGCAAUGGAUUUUGUCAACUGAAAACAUCAAGGAAAUUCCUUUAUUUCAUGAAAAUAUAUUUUGCGUAGUUCAGACUUCUGGAAGUACUGGAGAGAAUAAAUUAAUAAGGGUCACAAAUACUUGCAUUGAAGCUAAUGCAUCUCACCUAAGAAAAGUGUUUGCUUUAAAUUCAGAGGAUGUGAUAUUCUGGGGUACAAGCUUAACUUUUGAUCCGUCUAUUAUAGAACUAAUAUUAGCUCUGCGGAGUGGGGCAUGCCUGUUAAUUGUUCCAUAUAAAGUCUACAUUAACCCAAAAACACUCUAUGAGGCAUUAUUCACUGUAGGAAUUAUUACAUUCCUUCAAGUUGUUCCUUCGGUUUUUCUCCGUUGGAGUGAAGAUCAAAUAAUGCGAAUUUUACAAAAUCCCCAACUCAGAAUAUUAGCAUUUGGGGGUGAACAUUUUCCUAAAAGGGUUUUGUCUUAUGAAAGGAUAGAUCAACUGAGAAUAUUUAACCUGUACGGCAUAAGUGAGGUCUCUUGUUGGGCUACAUUACAUGAAAUUACGGAUGAGAGUCAUAACGAUGAAAUUCCUAUAGGGCAAACUUUAGAUGCGACGGUUAUAGAACUACGUGAUGAAUUUGGAGUGAAAACUAGCGCGAUAGGAGAAAUAUUUAUAGGUAGUUCUUCAAGAAUUUGCUAUGUAAAUGACGAAUCAUCAAUAGAGGCAUCUGAAAUAGUUUUUAGAGAAACUGGUGAUAUUGCAGAAAUAAAAAACAAUAAAAUGUAUUUGGUCGGUCGUAAAAAUAAGGUCAUCAAGAGAUUUGGACAUAGAAUAAACUUAACGACAAUUGAGAACAAAAUAUUUCAGGAGACAGGAUUAGAAAAUGUAUGUAUCUGGUCACAGAAAAAUACAAAACUCUUGACAUUCGUGUUAAUGAAAAAUUUAGAUCUAGGGAUCAAAGGAAAAAUUUUGGACAAAUUGCGUAUUAAACUGAUUAAUAUACUUCCUGAUGGGUGUUUUCCAGAUUUCAUAGAAAUCGUCACUAAUUUUCCCCUAACUUGCCACGGGAAAGUUAAUGAAAGAUCAUUGGAAAAGUUGUACUCCAUUUCAGACAUUGCAGAGAGCUAUAAAAAUACCUUUAGUCUGCUUUGGUGUAAAUAUGUUGGAAUCCCUACGGAAAACUUACCUGAAUUAAAACAUUAUAAAUUUAUCGAUAUGGGUGGAAAUUCAAUAACUGCCCUACAGUUACUGUCCGAAUUUAAAGAAACUACCCAAUAUGAAUAUCCACAUGAAUUAGUAACAAUGAUUUUUGAAAAUAGUUUUGCAGAUUGUAUUAAAUACUUAAAAGGUAUUAGACUGGUGAAGAAAAAGAGCGUUGCUGAAACUUUGGAGGAAUAUGCCACGAAGAAGAGAAAAAUAAACAAAGGCAGUUUGGAAAUAUCGUGGUCAUAUGAUUUGAAAGCUUGUGUUGACGGCUCACCUCUGGUUUUCGAAAAAAAGAAUAAGAUAUAUGUAGCUGUGGGCAGUUUUUCCCAUAGAUUCGUGGUCUUUCAAGGUGAUGGUGAAGUCGUUUAUGAAGUUAUUUUACCAGAUUCCAUAGAAAGCACACCCAGCUUGUCACCGUGUGGCAACUUUAUAUUUAUAGGAUGUUCUAAUGGUAUAAUGUAUUGCAUAGACUUUGUAAAUAAAAACAUAGUAUGGGAGUUUUCCUCGACCAGUAAAAUAAAGAGUUCUGCUUGUUUUUGUAAGAAACGGUCAGCUGUGAUUUUUGGAUCUUAUGAUAACGCAAUAUAUUGUGUAUCGAUUAAGGAAGGUUUAAAACUUUGGAAUACUUCAUUAGAUGGAAGUGUAAGUGCAAAUCCAAUAUACAGCGAGGCUAAACAAAAUGUCUACGCUGCAACUACCAAAGCAACGUGCUUUUGUUUAACAGAAGAUGCUUGUGUCGACGGCUCACCUCUGGUUUUCGAAGAAAAGAAUAAGAUAUAUGUAGCUGUGGGCAGUUUUUCCCAUAGAUUCGUGGUCUUUCAAGGUGAUGGUGAAGUCGUUUAUGAAGUUAUUUUACCAGAUUCCAUAGAAAGCACACCCAGCUUGUCACCGUGUGGCAACUUUAUAUUUAUAGGAUGUUCUAAUGGUAGAAUGUAUUGCAUAGACUUUAUAAAGAAAAACAUAGUAUGGGAGUUUUCCUCGACCAGUAAAAUAAAGAGUUCUGCUUGUUUUUGUAAGAAACGGUCAGCUGUGAUUUUUGGAUCUUAUGAUAACGCAAUAUAUUGUGUAUCGAUUAAGGAAGGUUUAAAACUUUGGAAUACUUCAUUAGAUGGAAGUGUAAGUGCAAAUCCGAUAUACAGCGAGGCUAAAAAAAAUGUCUACGCUGCAACUACCAAAGCAACGUGCUUUUGUUUAACAGAAGAUGGUGAAAUUGUUUGGGAGAAAAGUUGCAGCGGACCAAUUUUCGGAACACCUUGUCUUAUAAGUUCGGACGAAAAUAUAAUACUUCCUACGGUUCAAGGAGUUUUACACUGUUUGCAAACCAAAAAUGGAGAACUGCUUUGGAAAUAUCAAGCAGACGGACAUAUAUUUUCGUCACUUGUGUCUCACGAAAAUCAGAUAUUAUUUGGCUGUUUCGAUAAAUGUGUAAACGUAUUAAACAUUUCAAACUCUAAGUGUGUUCUAGUCAAGAAAAUAAUGGUAACGUCAGAAAUAUCGUCCACACCUUUUUUAUGUAAAGUAAAUGGGAAGUAUAUAGUUGUAACUGCUUGUAAUUCUGGUGUAAUCAGUGUUAUAGAUUUUGAUACGUUUGAACUAAUCAGUAGUAUUCAGUUACCAGGAGAAGUUUUUUCUUCUCCUUUCGUCAGUAAUGAUAAGAUAUAUGUAGGUUGUAGGGAUAAUAAUUUUUACUGUUUACAAGUGAAUAAAUAA